AUGUUCAAGAAAGAUCCAAACCUAAAUCCGACUAGUAACACGAAGAACUCAGAGCGCAAGCGACUACAGGCUAGUAUACGUGAGCAGUAUGAAUACGAGAGUUACCAGUUCUCUUCCACGGAGAUCAAGCACGGUACAUUCAAGACGCAGAGCACGGUAGGGACGGUGUACACCGAUCCAAACAACAUCCCGCUGUGGUUCCGCGGGAAGCACGAUCAGACGUACAUUCCGACGGUAUACAGCUGCUGGGACCACCCGGAUCUGCUACCGGUGGUGCAUACACACGAGCACGUUGUGGAAAGCAAACUGAAGGGCGGCGCAGACCUCAUGCUGCCGGGGACUGUGCCCCCGUUCUCAAGCGGGACCCGGCGCGGCCGUGUUGUGGGAAUAGCCAGCACGCGCGCGCCGGGCGUUGUUAAGGCAGUGGGUAUCUGCGAAAUGGACCUAGAGGGCGUCACCACGGUGGCGGACACCACGGGUGUCGCGGUGCGUGUCCUGCAUACCUACGGAGACGGGCUGUGUCGUGUUUUCAAGGUGCAGCGCGAGGCACCCGAGGCUUCUGAGGCAAAGGGUGCGAGUCCGGAAGCACGCGAGCCGGAGGCCGAGCCACCGAAGACGGCGCCCGGGGAGGGCCUUGCGGAGGAGCUGGAACGCUUGACCAUGGAGGACGUCGACCACCUACUCACGCGUGCUGUUUACUACACGAUCAAGGCGGAUGGCCGACUGCAGCUGCCGGUGACUGCGUCCAAGUUCAUUGCGGAACAUGUCUUGAAGAACCUGCCUCCGAUGGACCUGUCCCAGGUGACCGUCAAGCGGUCCUCGUGGGGCAAGGCCGCGAAGCUGUUGAAGCACUUUGAGGCGCAGGGCCUUCUCACGCUAAAGGGUAAGCCCGAGAGCUUCACCGUCGUCUCUGUGAACAGUGCUCAUGAAGCGUUGAAAUCUUUCGAGCCAUACCGCACGGUUUCAGACAAAGCUUCUACGGGCUCCAAAAAUUCAUCCACCACACAGUCCCUCGAGAUCGUCUACCAUUACGUCCCCAAUCGCACACUACUGCCGCAGCUGAACGGCCUAGGCAUUUCGGGCGGCGAUGCGUUGAGCGCCAAGGACAUCCGCGACCGCCUGGAACAGUAUGUCGCUGCCAGAAAAUGCGUUGACCCGUACGACAAGUCUAUGCUGCGGCUGGACGACACGUUGGCCCAGCUUUUGCAUAAAAACGUGAACGCUGAUACCCCCCGGUCGCUGCCACGUCCGGAGGCUCUCGCAGCACUGCUGUCACGCAGCUUUUCGGAGUACUUCGUCGUGAUGCGCGGAGACGCGCCGCUUUCCAAGCCGCAAAAGGGACGGGCGCCGCCCAUCAAAGUGACUAACGAGCGCAAAAUCUACAAGAAGGUUGUCACGAAAGUCAGCAACUUUGAGGUCUACGGUGUCGAUCCGGAGGAAUUGGCGGCCGAGCUGCGUGUGCGUUGCAGCGGUUCGACGACAAUCACAGACGUCCCAAAUACCAAGGCGGUAGAAGUCCAGGUUCAAGGACCGCACGAGGCGACAAUCGUUAGCAUCCUGAACAAGCAUGGAAUCCCCAGUAAGUAUAUAACUCUCGACUGCAAAGUGCAACCGAAGAAGAAGAAGUAG